AUGCUAGCGGGACUUGACAUAACAUUGCUAUUAGGGACAAAAACAUCGCUUGCCGUCAUUAUUACGGAACGUACUCCUAGGAACGACGGAGCAACAUCUCCAUCGCUUACCGCUCGUAUCUCCGCCAAAAUUGCAUCAGAAAAAUGUCCAUGGGUCAAGCAAGAUCAAGAUGCAACACGAGAAAUAAUUAUCAUUAUGGAACACUCGGAAUAUUGUUAUUCGAACGCGGCACCAUACGAAAUAACAAAAUUUUAUCUUGUCAAGAAUAAAGACUUUGAUAAUACAGAUUUUAACCGUAAGAAAGAAGCAGCUGAAACAUUAUGUCGAACAGUGAUGUUGUUUGGUUUCGAUUCGUUGCUGCUUGAUAUUCUGAACCAACAACGAAUCGAAUUGUUUGGUGAUGAGAGAAAAGAUGAAGUUUUACCUACACAACAUAGUUAUGUAAAUAGUAGAACCGUUAAAGCAGCCAUUCAGCCCAAUAGCUUUAAACAAAAUUAUUUUUGA